UAGAAUCGCAGGUUUUGCCCCCCGCGGUUGGCAAAACAAUUAUUCGUGGCGCUAUUACCUGACAAGUGGCCGCACCAACCAACAUACAGAUACGUGGAAUUAGAAAUCAAUGCUUGACUUGAUUCGAUCUCUCAAGAAAACUAAACGAAUCUCUGCGUUUGUGUGUGAAAAUUUGAGGAGUGUCGUCAGCCAUGUAUCGAAUGGCGGUGAAGCGAUUGCUUAGCAUUCCGUCCUUGUGCCGUUACGGGCCUUCCCAAAUCCCUCAUUUUCGAACCCUUGUUGUGAACCGACCUCGAUUUUCAACUUCGGCUACAUCUGAGACGUUCCCUAGCCAAAGCCCUAAUCAGUUUGGUUCUACACCGCCAUCAUCAUCAUCAUCAUCAUCAUCGGCAUGGGGAGAAGAAGAAAGGGCUCGUGGCCACGAGAGCCAGUCCUCGAAGGGAACACGGCAUAAAGCUCAAUACCAAGACGAACAAGCUCGUGUACUCCACGCCUCUCUUCGCCAUGUGACUAGGUUGGGUUGGACUGAAGCAGCCAUGAUUGCAGGUGCGAGGGAGGUUGGUGUAUCCCCCUCUAUCGUGGGAUCUUUUCAUCGAAAAGAAGCUGCUCUAGUAGAGUUUUUCAUGGAUGAGUGUUUACAAAGGCUUACUGAUAUAAUUGACUCCGAAGAGGAUUUAAGAAACUUGAUACCUAGUGAGUGCAUUGCAAAACUUGUCAGAACUCGCUUGGAAAUGCAGGCUCCCUACAUAUCAAAGUGGCCUCAAGCUCUUAGCAUCCAGGCACAUCCGUUCAAUGUCCCAACAAGCUUUAAGCAGCGGGCCAUGCUGGUUGAUGAAAUCUGGCAUGCCGCUGGUGUUGAGUCCACUGAUGUUGAUUGGUAUGUGAAGCGCACUGUCCUUGGCGGCAUAUACUCCACAACUGAGGUGUACAUGCUGACUGAUAGUUCCCCAGAUUUUCGUGAUACGUGGGCGUUCUUGGAUGCUCGAGUUAAAGAUGCUUUUGAUCUAAAAAAUACCAUCCAAGAGGCAAAGUAUUUGGCAGAAGCGGUUGGUGCAGGCAUGGGAGGUUCCCUGCAAGGUUUCAUGAAGAGAGCUUUUCAAGGUUAAAACAUUAAUGGAAUUAUCGUCUGGAGGAUUUCUGCAUCAAGCAUGUCCUUUUUUUUUUUUUUUUU